AUGAGAAAUUUCUAUUCAGCUGGUAAGGAUCCUGCUUUCUAUACUCACCAUGCAAAUGUAGAUCGCAUGUGGACAAUAUGGAAAACAUUAGGAGGAAAACGCAAGGACAUCAACAAGCCAGAUUAUUUGAACGCUGAGUCCUUCUUCUACGACGAGAAGAAAAACCCUUAUCUCGUGAAAGUCCGUGACUGUUUGGACAAUAAGAAAAUGGGAUAUGAUUUCCAAGCAAUGCCAACCCCAUGGCGCUAUUUUAAGCCAUUGAAGAAGAGCAAGAGCAAGGUCAAUGCACGUUCAGUUGCUGCAGCUACCCAAACAUUCCCUAUUGCAAAUCCAUAA